CGUUUCCACACUCCAUUUCCAGAUUUUUCCCGGUAAACAAACAGCCAAUGAACCCCACACCAACUUAUUAAAUAUAUUCGCUUCCCACUUCUCUUCAUCUCCGUUCAACAGCUAACCGGGAAAAGGAAAAAGCAAAUAAAGAUUGAAUUAAUGCUAGCCGUGUCACCUUUGAGGAACACAAGCAAAGAUGGAAGCGAAGGAGAUAUGGAGAGUUUUACUAUCAGCUCCGAAGAGUUCCUAGAUUUUGCCGACGGGAACUUACUCGAGAGUAUCGAUUUCGACGAUCUUUUCCUCGGCAUCGACGUCCAAGGCGAUGUGUUGCCGGAUUUGGAGAUGGAGCCCGAAAUUCUUGCCGAAAUGCCCGCCGCAAGUGGCGGCGAGGAAUCGGAUAUGAACACGUCGGUGGAGAAAAUCAACGAAGAAGAUAACCGGAGAGAAGAAGAAGAUAAAAUUUUGGGUUCGAAUCAAGGCAACGAGAAACCUAAAGCAUCUAAAACUGCUUCCAAAGACAGUUAUAAAGGAAGAAAAUCAUCAUCAAAAGCAAAGGAUAACAACAACAAUCCAGGCACUCGGAAAGUGAAAGUGGAUUGGACGCCGGAGCUUCACCGGAGAUUCGUGCAAGCGGUGGAGCAGCUCGGGGUGGAUAAGGCGGUGCCGUCGAGAAUUUUAGAGAUUAUGGGAAUUGAUUGUUUAACUCGCCAUAACAUCGCCAGCCAUCUUCAAAAAUAUAGAUCUCAUCGCAAGCAUUUGCUAGCUCGUGAGGCGGAGGCUGCGAACUGGAUCCACAAGAGACAAAUCUACGGCGGAGCUACGCCGGUAAGUGGCAGAGCCAAUCGAGAUAUGAACCUUUGGCUCUCACCUACGAUAGGGUUUCCGCCCAUGCACCACCAAAACCACCAUUUCAGGCCUUUGCAUGUAUGGGGUCAUCCUCCCAUGGAUCGAUCUUUAAUGCACUUAUGGCCGAAACAUCUAGCGCCGCACACGCUGUCCCCUCCGCCCCCGGCUGAUCCCAACUUUUGGCACCACCACCGUGUACCAACUGGACAAACCCCGGGAACACCUUGCUUUCCACCGCCAUCGACGGCCGCGCCAACGGGAUUUGGUGCAAUUCCGGUGCCGGGCAUUCCUCCUCACCAUGCAAUGUAUAAAGCAGACAGCGGCAUCGGCACCCCGACCGGACAAUCAGGUCGCCACCCUCUGGUCGACUUUCAUCCGUCGAGAGAGUGCAUCGAUGCAGCCAUCGGAGAAGUUUUAUCAAAACCAUGGCUGCCACUUCCGAUCGGGCUGAAACCGCCCUCAACCGACGGUGUUUUGGCGGAGCUGCAACGUCAAGGGGUCCCCAAGAUACCGCCCUCUUGAGCUUGUCCCGCUUGCUACUUCGCCGAUGGCGGAAAACCCUGAAAUCCGACGACAUUACUCGACGUUAAAUUGACGUAGAAAUCUAAUCCCCCUCUAGGCCUUUUCUUCUCCGACAGCUUUAUUAA